GGGAGAUCUGACGCGCAUUGCACGUGGCUGAUCGGAUCUGCUCUCGAGUGUGGUGAUACCUGGGAGAGUGAUGAUGAUGCACGCCCUCUGACCCAUCCUCUGUCGCGGCAGAUGCCGGUGCGCAACACCUUGCCCAUGGGGCACGACGAACACCAGCACGAACAGCACGGUGGCUGUGUGUAUGCACGGUCUGCAGCCAGCGGUGGACAGCGAGGCGUACGAGAGCGGAGAAGGGACACCGCCGGUGAGUGAGUGAGCACUCACACAUGACCGCACACGCAUCCAUUGCGCACGUGCGCCGGGUCUGUGUGUGUGUUUGUCCACAUCAGUCGGACGCCAAUGCGUGUUGGUUGGUCGGCUUGCCCGAGGAUGUGGAGAGGCAACUUCUGGCCUCCCUCACGGCGGAGGACUGUGGCCAGUUCCGCGCCUCGUCCGAGGGUGUCGGCUGCCAGCUGGUCAACGAGGCCUACCUGACGCACCGCAUCGAUGCUGCCAUUCGCGAUAAGGGCCUCACUGGCGUGUUCACGUACCAGAAGCGCUGCUUGACGGUCCUGCUGCUCCUGCGGCAGUGGAUCACGUCCACUUUCAACGCGGUCUCCCUUCUCGUUCCAAUUGCCGUGGGCGGGAUCGUUCUCGUCGUCCUUUAUACGCCCAUCCUCCUCUGUACCCUCGUCCUGACCCGUGGGCUGGUCGUCGACCUUCUGGCGCCGCUGACUCCAUUUCCGUGGAUUCACUUGAUUCAGUGGCCUAUCGUAGUGAUAUAUAUGAUUCUCUCCCUUCUCUUCUGGGCGGCCCCGGUUUUUGGGAUCCUAUUUGCAAUUCGAUUGCUUGGGGAGGCGUCCUUUGUCGUGCGAGCGUAUCGGCAGUUUUGGGGUGGCGUGGGACGGCGUAUGUGACCUUCUGUGGUCCGUCGCUCGCUCUGUCGUGAGUAGGCUGCGUGUGGCGCUGUCAAACGGCAAGCUAUUCCUCGGCUCUGCAGCCACCUUUGGGACCUGGAUCGCCUGGCUUCGGUCCCCGAGCGGGAAGAGGUUUCUGCUUCAGCUGGGCGUGAUCCCGCCACUCAUCAUUGUCGCCACAAGAUGGGUAGUGCCCUGCAACUUAUCAUCGCUCGUCUGCCUAACCAUUGUAUGCCAUCUGCUCUGGAGUGAGCUGGUGCUGCGGCUGGUCGAAACCAGGGAGGGCUAUCUGUUGCGGCUGCUGUACGUGAUUGAGGAGGGCGGCCGCUGGGACCGGUGUGUGUCGCUUAUCCACUACAUCAGGAACUGCCGCCUCCUCCCCUCUCUGCCCAUGACCAUCACGGCACAAGAUCUGCAGCGAGCGGGCAGCCGGGCGGUCUUCGACACGCGGCCCCCGGCGGUGCGCCAGUACUCGCUAUUCAGUCACCGUAUCCGCGAAAGGUUUGCGGGUCUGAGCCGUGUCAACGGCCAGGACUAUCUGGGCUGCCCAGCAUACGGCGAUACGCUGUCGUACGUCACCAUCGAUUUGACUGAUCCCGACCCGCCGACCGAACGUGAGCAAACCAGCCAAGAGAGAUAGCACAGUGUGUGAAUCGUCUCAUGUCUGCUGUCUGUCUACAGGUCGUGCGUACGACUACUCUUCGUUCACAGACUUGAUAGUCUUUUUGAUCGACGCGCAUAUGAGGGACGAGUCGAGCACCGGGACUGAGCUUCGUCUGUGCCCCCACUUUACCCACCCAAGUGACCUCAUCAUUCCACCUCCCAAGCAGUACCAGCUCACCCGAGGUGUGAUGCUGCACACAAGGGGCCAGUGGAGCGGCUGCCGCAAAGCGGACGAGCGGCUGGUCGACAAACCUAUGGCGGCGAUCUUGAUUCUGUGUGGGGACAAGGCGGCUGAUGAGUUCCUUGUCCGCAUCAACUCGAGCAUGGAGAUCUGCACCACUGAGCCCCCCGUUGCUUGCAAGCGCCGCCCAGAUGAGCGGUACCCUCAGACAGCUGCGCUCAUCCGCCAGAAGGUGGUGGCCGCAUAGGGGCAUUCUGCCAUACAGACACGCACAGAGAGGGAGGGAGGGGGGCUGACUUCAGGUGGGAGGGUACGUAUAGUGCCACGAAGGGGUGCUGGUUUAAGUCUCUAUUUGUACGCACCGCACGCAGUGAUUGUGUGUUCCGGGGUGCGUUUGUUCAGACAGGCAGGGCAGGGGGUGUAUCAGUUAUCUGCAUGACGAUCUUGAUCCAUCUGAGUAGACAGGGAGGGGCUGUGUGAACUGUGGUGCCUAUGCCUUC